CUUCGACCCCGACCCCGACCUUGACUCCGGCGUCACGAUGGCCUCACAGAACCCCGGCGGCGGCGGCGGCGGCGGCGGAUACUACGGAUGGGGCCCACCGCCGCAACAUCCCCAGCAACAUGCGCAGUACACACCGACACGGAAUAUCCACCAUGCGCACCACUACGGCCACGGCCACGGCCAGCCCCCAGCACAGCAGAUGGGCCCGGACUUGCCCACGGUUCUGCUAGCGCUCACCGAUACGUACAUCACCGCUGCCCAUGCGAGCGGGUACAAGACUUCGCUUGGAACGGCGAGCGAUGCCGAGGCGUACUAUAAGCUCGUGGCGACGGGACUGGCAUGUUUGGAGACGGCGUUGCAGUAUCGGCUGCAGCCACGCGUCGAGUCUAUUGUCAGGCUGCGGUACGCAAGUAUACUGUACGAGGAGACCGAGAACCUCGACGAGGCGGAGGAGGCGCUGAAUAAGGGUUUGCAACUCGCCACAAGGAACAACCUCAUGGAGCUCAAGUGCAGCAUGCAGUACCUGCUUGUCAAGAUCACGUUCAAGACAAAUCACAAGGCCGCACUCCUGAUGCUGAACUCGUUCAUCCAGGACGUCGAGACAUUAGACAUCCCGCUGUGGACAUAUUCCUUCCGCUUUCUUCGAUUCCAUCUCCUGGCCGAGGCGGGUCCCACGCACGAUGACCAGGCCGCCACCAAUGCGCUGCGCAGCAUCUAUAGCAUGUCGAAAGACCGAAUGGACGUACAGGUGAUCGCGCUGGCGAGCUUGAUGGAAGCGAUGAUCUCCCUGCGGGGCGGUGCAGACGGUGUCGAGAAUGCGCAGCGAGCGCUGGCACGCGUGUUUACGCAGCAGAACGGCGGCCUCGAUAUACCACCCCAGCUGGAAGUUUUGACGCAGUUGUUGGAUAUCUGCUGCUCCCUCAUGCUUAGCCGGGCCCAGGAGUGCGAUCCGAAGCUUAGAAAGCUUCAUACAUCGUUGGACCAACCGGGGCGCUGGCUGAACUGGAAGGAGGAUGGAGAGUUCUCGGUCGACGUGCAUCCUGGCCGACCUGGCAGACCACCCGAGGGACUGAAGUUGAGGUGGCUAAAUAAAGAUGAUGUGUUUACUGUGGGAUACUUUCUCAGCGGCCACGUCAAAUUCCAGAAAAAUGUCGAGGAGAAUGGAAAGGCAGAGAGGUUCUUGACUGAGGGUUUGAAGACAGUUGAUAGGAUAACUGCCGGAUUCACCCAAAUGUCCGUGGAGGCUUCCAAGAGCAAGCUUGCUUGGAAAAGAUCACUCAAGUCGUACAUGUACCUUUACUAUGCGUUCCUACUCUGCAUGAGAACCGACUGGGACUCGGCAUUGAAGAUCUUCAAACAACUGGAAGAAGUCGCCGUGCCACUUGCUCUUCUACCGAACUCCCCACUGGCCCUGCACAUAACCUACCUCCGUGCGAUAAUCAAUCACGGCACGAACGAUCUCUACCAAGCUGUACAAGCGUACACGGAGGUGGUCUCCAACACGCCAGUGGACUCGGAACUCUCGAUAAUCAGCAAACUAAACCAAAUCCUAAUCCUGCGCCCUCAGAACCCGUCAGAAGCCGACGCACUCCUGACAAGCAUCGAGCGCUACUGCCCCCAGCACAAAAACGAGCUCUUGAAAGCCGCCUACAUCGCCGUCAAAGCCACUGCCCGCGGGGAAUUGGUCAAGACAAAGAACUACCUCUCACUCGCUCUGCGCCACGCCGCGGCAGCAGGAAACGUGCAGCUUACCUUCAUCGUGCUCAACUUCAUGUGCCACCGGUUCUUCUCCGGUGUCGUCUCGGAGCAGGCGGAGAAAUCGGCCAAAGCCGCCUGGCAGAAUGCGAAGAAGGGACGCGACACGCUGUGGACCCUCAUGGGCGGCCAGAUGUAUGCCGACUGUCUGGCAAGAAAGGGGAAUGACCUCGAGGCGAUACGCCAACAGCAGAUGAAUGAGGAGGCUAGUCUGCAGGUCAUCAAGAAUCUUACCAGGAAUCUGCCCCCGCCGCCGCCGUAUCAGGAGGUGAUGCAGCAGCAGUAA